AACGCCGAAUUGAAAGAACAUGGCAGAAUCUUGCGUUCUCCGUCCUUUGAUCUACUUCUUCUGGGCUGGCAGCUUCCUUUGUUGGACGGGCUCUCUCUCCAUGUACUCCUUCCCUUUCCUCUAUACAAAUAAUCGCCCGCUCCCUCCCCACAUUUCCCCAUUCUUCGAAUUUUCUCCCCCAACAACUCCUCUGUUUUCCUUGUUGCUCGUUUAACAAUGGCGGACGCCGUCACUCCGACUCCCCUGCUGAAAGACGAGCUGGACAUCGUCAUUCCAACAAUCCGAAACUUGGAUUUCCUGGAGAUGUGGAGGCCAUUCUUCCAGCAGUACCAUCUCAUCAUCGUCCAAGAUGGCGACCCCGCGAAGACCAUCAAGGUCCCAGAAGGCUUCGAUUACGAGCUCUACAAUCGCAACGACAUCAACCGGAUCCUCGGACCCAAGGCUUCCUGUAUUUCCUUCAAGGACUCUGCCUGCCGCUGCUUCGGCUACUUGGUCUCCAAGAAGAAGUACGUCUUCACCAUUGACGACGACUGCUUCGUUGCCACAGAACCAUCCGGGAAGAAGAUCAAUGCGCUGGAGCAGCACAUCAAGAACCUGCUGUGCCCAUCAACUCCAUUCUUCUUCAACACCCUUUACGACCCAUACCGCGGUGGUGCUGACUUCGUCCGAGGCUAUCCGUUUAGCCUCCGGGAGGGAGUCCCCACGGCGGUAUCCCACGGCCUGUGGCUCAACAUCCCUGAUUAUGACGCCCCCACACAGCUCGUCAAGCCUCUCGAGAGGAACACUAGGUAUGUCGAUGCUGUAAUGACUAUUCCAAAGGGUACCCUGUUCCCAAUGUGUGGGAUGAACCUUGCAUUCAACCGUGAGUUGAUUGGCCCUGCAAUGUACUUUGGUCUAAUGGGUGAUGGCCAGCCGAUCGGGCGUUACGACGAUAUGUGGGCAGGCUGGUGUACCAAGGUUAUCUGUGACCAUCUUGGUUUGGGGGUGAAGACCGGAUUGCCUUACAUCUACCACAGCAAAGCAAGCAAUCCAUUUGUUAACCUGAAAAAGGAAUACAAAGGGAUCUACUGGCAAGAAGAGCUGAUCCCAUUUUUCCAGUCCGUGGCCCUCCCCAAGGACUGCAACACGGUGCAGAAGUGCUACAUUGAGCUGUCGAAGCAAGUAAGAGCCAAGCUUAGCAAAGUUGACGACUACUUUGUGAAGCUGGCUGAUGCCAUGGUGACCUGGAUUGAGGCCUGGGAUGAAUUGAACCCAUCAUCUGCCGACUUGUCUAAUGGUUCCUCAAAGUAGAGCGUUUGAGCUUUUGUAAUGCAGACAGUGGGCGAGAGACUUGCGUAGACCGGAAUUGUUAUGUCUGAGGUAUUAUCAUUGUUUGAAGAGCCUUUUAGGUUCUUAGCUUUUGGGUUUUGGAGUUGUCUUUCAGAAGGAGGCUGAGUUUUGCCCGUUCUUUUUGCACUUCUGGCUGUCUGACGUACUACUUACUACCAGUUCAGAACAAUAAAACACUUUUCGCUAC